AUGGAAGGCGAACCCGCACCCCUCCGAAAUGAACAACCACAGCCGUUGAGGCGUUCAGGGCGCCAACCUGUGAAGCCGAAGCGUCUUGACUCAUCCGAUUCAGCAUACGAAUCUCCUUCCAAAAAAUCAAAAGCAGCAAACACAUCGCCAGGACGCCGGCGGAAUCCAAAACGCAAAGUAAGCCAGCAGUGUGAGCUUGUAGGCCAUCUUCCAGCCAACCUCCUCGAGGAAGCUCUCAAACCCCUAGACACCAACGACAUUGAAGAAUGGGAAGGAUGGGUCGAGCUCGAAUCUGACCCGGCAUUUUUCAACAUCAUCCUUCGGGAUCUAGGCGUGGAGAAUGUCAAGGCCCAGGAGCUUUUCACUGUCGAACAGGAAUUCAUGGACCUACUACCCAAACCGGUUUUUGGCCUGAUAUUUCUUUUCGAAUAUCUCCCAGAAGAGGACGAGACGGAGGAUGAAGAAAACCCUAGCGGAAUAUGGUUCGCUAACCAGACUACUAACAAUGCUUGCGCCACGGUUGCGCUUCUCAACAUUGUCAUGAACGCACCAGGUGUUCGGUUAGGUGAAACUCUUAAGGAGUUUAAAGAAUCCACCAAGGACCUGAGUACAGCUCUAAGAGGUCAUCGACUCAGCUCGAAUCCGUAUAUUCGUAGGAUUCAUAAUUCGCUGACUCGUCGCAUGGAUCAUCUUAAUGCGGAUCUCGCGCUUGAGAACGAGGCCAGCGAAGCAGCUUCUAAGAAAUCCAAGGCUCGCUAUACUAACAAAGGUGGUAAGAGAGCCCAAACGCGUAAGAAGCUUAAAGAGUCAGAAUAUGGGUUCCAUUUUGUUGCCUACGUCCCAGCUGAUGGGUAUGUGUGGGAGUUGGACGGGCUAAAAACAAAACCUCAUCGACUAGGACCCCUAGAAUCUACAGACUGGACAACAGUCGCCCGUCCUUAUAUUGAGGCUCGAAUGCUUCAAUAUGAAGGGACUCAGCUGUCCUUCAACCUGCUGGCGCUAUGCCAAAGCCCCCUCGCGGUCCACUCCCAGGCUAUUGCUGGAGCUCUCGCGUCGCUGCAAUGCUUCCAGAAUACGCUACGUUCCCGACCGGGCUUUUCAGACCUUGAGAUAUCACAAAAAGACAACUCAAACCUUAGCGACGCAUCAUUAUUAUCCGAGUUCCAGCUUACAGAGGCGACCGUUGAAACGGCCGAAGUGCCCCAGUCACUUCGUGAACAGAUCGAGCAGCCCAGCAUAUCUGUCGAGGAGGCGCAUAGUCUCUUUGAGAAAUUGACACUCGAAGUCAAGUCCACUAUGGGAGAAUACAGAUCCGAAAUGAUUGCAUUGGCAGAAGACGAGCAUCGAGUCCAAGGGCGCAAGAAAGACUACGCGCCAGCGUUACACAAAUGGGUAACCAAGCUCGCCGAGAAGGGGGCAUUAGAGGAGCUGAUCAAAAUUUCAUAA